CUGACUCUAGGAGGAAGAGCAGAGCCACGGAGCCAGGCCAUCCUCCGACCGUCGUGGUUACAACCACUCACUGAAGGACUAAACUUUUUGGGAGUCUCCUCAUCCGGCCGUGCUGGUUGACUGGUUAUUGUUGGUUUAGGGGAAUGCAUCUCUCCUCAGUUUGCUCUAUAAACGGUUUUGGGAAGGCAUUGAGGAAGGGAUCCACACGAAUGGGAAUACGGGAGCGCCAAACUCUUGCAAUGCGGCCAGAGUGAAGGGAGGCAGAAGACAAUACCAUUCCACGGGCUGUGGGGCUACUCGCUACAAUAUUUCAGUGGGGUCUACUUCCAGACGAAUUGUUACAGUUACAUUAUUUUUUAUCUGAUUGCUCCUAUAACCCAUAAUAGCGACGAAUAGUGUUUUUGAUUAGAAGAACCAGCCAUGACGUGUACGGCCAAAUUCCGAAAGGACAAGGAGAUCGUAGCCGAAUAUGAGACUCAAGUUAAAGAGAUCCGUGCCCAGCUGGUGGAGCAGUUGAAGUGUCUGGACCAGCAGUGUGAGCUGAGGGUGCAGCUGCUGCAGGACCUGCAGGACUUCUUCAGGAAGAAGGCAGAGGUAGAGAUGGACUACAGCCGCAACCUGGAGAAACUGGCUGAGAGGUUCCUUACGAAGACACGCACCAAGGACCACCAGCUCAAGAAGGAGCAGAGUGUGCUGUCUCCAGUCAACUGUUGGAACCUGUUGUUGACUCAGGUGAAGAGGGAGAGCCGAGACCAUGCUACCCUCUCUGACCUCUACCUCAACAACAUCAUACCGCGCUUCGCCCAGGUCAGCGAGGACUCCGGACGACUCUUCAAAAAGAGUAAGGAGGUUGGUGUUCAGCUUCAGGAGGAUCUGAUGAAGGUUCUAAACGAGCUCUACACGGUGAUGAAGACGUAUCACAUGUACAACACAGACAGUAUCAGCUCUGAGAACAAACUGAAAGAUGCAGAGAAACAGGAAGAGAAGCAGAUGGGGCGCUCUGGUCGCCAGGACGACAGACAGACUCCCAGGUCACCUGACACACUGGCCAGCGUCAAGACCGAGGAGAAACAUGUCCGACGCUCCUCGGUCAAGAAGAUAGAAAAGAUGAAGGAGAAGAGGCAGGCUAAGUACACAGAGAACAAGCUGAAAGCGAUCAAGGCGAGGAAUGAGUACCUGCUGGCUCUGGAGGCCACCAACAGCUGUGUCUUCAAAUACUACAUCCACGACCUGUCUGACAUCUUAGACCAGUGCUGUGACCUGGGCUACCAUGCCAGUCUCCACCGUGCGUUGCGGACCUACCUGUCAGCGGAGAUGAACGUGGAGGCGUCUAAACACACUGGUCUGGAGGGCCUGGAGGGGGCAGUAGAGAGCCUGGAGCCCAAUGGGGACAAGCAGAGACUGAUGGAGACCUACAAUAACGUCUUCUGUCCCCCCAUGCGCUUCGACUUCCAGUCACACAUGGGAGACACGGUACGGGAAUUAUGUGCCCAGCAGCCGUUAGAAGGGGAGUUACUCCAGAGGUGUCAGCAGCUGCAGUUCCGUCUCUCCACCCUCACCAUCGAGAAUGAGAGUUUUGAUUUGUCUUCCCACUCACACCAUUUCCACCCACAUUUUGAAGAGAAACAAGAUGUGAAGAAGACUAUGGAGGCCACUCUGUCGACCAUCCAGGACAUGGUCACCGUGGAGGACUAUGACGUCAGCGAGUGUUUCCACCACAGCAACUCCAUGGAGUCGGUCAAGUCCACCAUGAGCGAAUCAUUCCUUAGCAAACCCAGCCUGGCCAAGAGACGGGCCAAUCAGCAGGAGACGGAGCAGUUCUACUUCACGGUGAGAACCAAUCACAGGGCAGAGAUGUGUCGUGUUGAGGACAGUGGUGUGUUAUGGUGA